AUGUUUAUCGACAACUAUCUCGCCUACUCCCUCGCCCUCUCCAUCUUCGUAAUCGCAACCGCCCUCUACUUCACCCGAGCACGAUGGAGCUCGCACCUCCCGCAUCUUCCCUUCAGCCGGUGGUUCUACUCGCGCCUCCCCGGCCACUCCUCCUUCGCCGACGACAUGGAAGCCGGAUUCAGCAGCGCCCACUUCGACCUGGCCGGCAACGUUGCGGGCGGCGACUCGCGUGCCGGUCUUGACGGCGCCGCCAAGGCUGAGGUGCACCGCAUCAUGCGCACGAGGGGCUGCAACUUCGACGAGGCCCGUCGCAUCUACACCCAGGCCCGCUUCGCCAAGAACAACAUCGGUCCCGAUGGCCUGCCUAGGGAUCCCAAGUUCGUGUCUUUCUCGUGA